GACACACCUCCGCUUCAGACCAGGACGAGACAGAUUUCAGACAAUUGAUUAAAACAUCUCAUAUUCUUUAGAAGAGGAUCCAGCUUCGUGUUUCAUUUGUGUCGACGUACUGUUCUCGAAGAUCAUAUAGUUCUCUGUUAACCAUCAACAGGACCGCACUCUUAAAGGGACUGUCCGAGAUGAAUCUGUGGCAAGCCUUCUUCCAGAGCCUUCACCUGGCAUUUCUCCACGAAAGACUAAACCAAGAAGAAGGAAUAACUCAACCUGGCCACGUCAACAUCUUCGAAUAUCUGUUCAAAGACUGCGUAACUAUAAAGUAUGCGUCUUGUAUUCUGUCCCCCGAUCCUUCGGCCAAGGUUAACCUGUCCGGCAGGGUGGACUUCAAGGAGAUGAAUUUAUGUGGUAGAAAAAGGCCAAUAGAAAUCAAGGUCAACAUAUCUGGAUUCCCUCCAACCGACGACGUCACCAAGCACGGCUUCCACGUGCAAACCUACGGCAACCUGACUGACGGCUGCACUAGUGCCGGUGGACACUACAGCCCCUUCAACGUCAACCACGGGGCACCUGAAGACGGUACCAGACAUGUUGGAGACUUCGGCAACAUUGACGUUCCAAAAGACGGCCAGCUGGUGACAUCGUUCACAGAUCCCCUUGCCAGCCUUGAUGGCAACCAGAGCAUCCUGGGAAGGGCUAUUGUGGUGCACGCAGGAGAGGAUGACCUUGGCAGGGGAAACAACUCCGCCAGUCUCGAGAACGGUAAUGCCGGUGCUAGACUGGCCUGCUGUGUGAUCAGCGCAAAUGACGGUUCUCUCUGGAACGAGAUGUAAAAUGAAUGUCAAAUUCAGUGGUUGUACAUCCACUCUAUUCACUGAUCUGAACAAGGCUUCAAAUAUGAAUAGAAACUAAAAAUGAUAAAAAAAUAAUUGUUGUUUGA